ACCGCAAUGGGCAAUGUGCAGAAUGGAAAAAUAACUAAACUCGUGGUUCGCCGGUCGUUCUAAAUAAGUGAGAAUUAUUUCAUCAGCUCGCCGUCGCCAGUCCAAGUGUUUUUCAGAGCCGUUUCGGAACUUUCGUUACUUCUUACUCUCCAUUGUUGAAGAGUGUUUUCCAUUGUAAACUGACCAUUUUGGCAAAGUUUUGUGACAAAAUAUACAGUUUGAUAGUAAUUACCAGUGGCUGUAGAUCAGUUUUAUAAUGUCUUGGCUGUUUGGUAUUCGCUCUGAUCCUCCCUCUGCUCCUGCAGAUUUUUCUCAGUUUGCGCAGCCACCAGCCGGUGCCGAUGGAGGAAGCAGUGGAGGCGGUGGUGGUAGCAAAGAUGACGAGAAGCGGAGGAUGGAAGCUUAUAGAUUCGAUUCGGCUGCUUUGGAAAGAGCAGCUCAAGCUGCUAGAGAGUUGGAAAAAUCAAAGCAUGCCAAAGAAGCUUUGGAACUGACUAAACUACAAGAAGCAACUAGACAAGCAGAAUUUGCGGCUAAGGUUAAAGAGUAUGACGUUCAUAUUGAGCAGUCCAAAAUCCAGCAAAAGCAAAUCGAAGGGGAAGAGAAACGGAAGUCCCUCCAAGAAGAAACGAAACAGCAUCAGAUGAGGGCUCAAUAUCAGGAUCAGCUUGCUAGGAAGAGAUAUGAUGACCAAUUAUUACAGCAGCAAAGGAUGAAUGAAGAAAAUUUACGGAGACAGGAAGAGUCAGUCGCGAAGCAAGAGGCCAUGCGCAAAGAAACCAUCGCUCAGGAACUAGAAAUGCGCUCAAAAUUAGAGAUGAGCAAAAUAGAAGCUGAACUGAGGAACAAAGCGAAAAUAGAUCGUGAAAAUCAUGACCUUAAUCUAGAGAAAAUUAGACUGAAAGCAGCUGAACAGAGACAGACAGUCUUGGAAUCGAUCAAAACUGCCGGAUCGGUGCUUGGCUCUGGUGCAAAAAUUUUAUUGGAAGACUGGGAUAAAAUGUUGGCAGCAGCAGGAGGCCUUACUCUAAUUGCUGCUGGUGUGUACACUGCUCGAUCAGCCACGGGGGUUGCAGCACGGUAUAUUGAAGCAAGAUUAGGAAAGCCAUCUUUAGUACGAGAAACUUCAAGAUUUUCCUUUUUAGAGAGUCUUAAACAUCCUAUUAAUACAGUGAAGAGCAUACGCUCAAAAUCCUCAGAUGCUCUAUCUGGUGUGAUCCUUGCACCAACUCUUGAAGAAAGACUGAGGGACAUCGCCAUUGCUACCAAGAAUACCAAACGAAACAGAGGGAUGUUCCGUAACAUAUUGAUGCAUGGCCCACCAGGAACGGGUAAAACCAUGUUUGCCAAGAAAUUGGCCACUCAUUCUGGGAUGGACUAUGCUAUUCUCACUGGUGGUGAUGUUGCUCCUAUGGGGAAAGACGGUGUCACUGCCAUCCAUAAAGUUUUUGAUUGGGCGAGCAGUUCACGACGAGGUCUUCUCUUGUUCGUGGAUGAAGCUGAUGCAUUUCUUAGAAAACGUAGUUCUGAACAUAUUAGUGAAAAUUUAAGAGCAACUUUGAAUGCUUUCUUGUACAGAACUGGUGAACAGUCUGAUAAAUUUAUGUUGGUGUUGGCUAGUAACACUCCAGAGCAGUUUGAUUGGGCUGUUAAUGAUCGUUUGGACGAAAUGGUGGAAUUUGACCUACCAGGUCUUGAAGAAAGAGAGCGAUUAAUUCGUCUUUACUUCGACAAAUUUGUUCUUCAACCUGCAACAGCAGGCCAUAAACGUUUAAAGGUUGACCAGUUUGACUAUAGUUCGAUUUGCUCAGAAAUGGCAAAAUUGACGGAAGGCAUGUCAGGUCGAGAAAUUGCAAAACUGGGUGUUGCUUGGCAAGCAGCAGCCUAUGCAUCUGAAGAUGGCGUGCUCACCCAGAAGAUGGUUAUGAGCCGUUGCCAGGAUGCAGUGAAGCAACAUCAGCAAAAGGUAAUGUGGCAAAGCGAGCAAGAAAAGAAGGAGGCCAGAUCGAUAUCCAGCUCUAGUCAACCCUCAACCAAAUCCAAAGUAGGAAAAAGCUAAUGUUCCAGAAGUUCUUGCAAGUCAGAAUGAAGAGACGAGCUAAUAUGUUCUAGUUGUACUUCUGUAGUGCUUGCCAGUGUUACAUGUUAAAGGUGGCAAGAAACUGCCAAUUAUUUUCUAUUUUUAAGUGGCUUUUAUCAUCCCUGGUUCUAAGAAGGUGAUGUACGGUUGGGAAAACACAGAAUUCCUCUCUUCGCAAGACAGAUUUUUUUGGUAUUUUUUUCCUUUUACUUCUAAGUCGAAGUAAAUAAUUACAGCGAAUUAAGUUUUAUUGGUUAAGUAAAAGUGAAUGAAUUCAUCUCACCUCCAUUUAUGUUCCAUUAGUCUAAGUUAUUUUGCAAGUAACAAACCUGCACAAGUAAUAUUUUACUUAAAUAGUAGCCAAAUCUUUGACGCAUCAAUGGUUAAUUCUCAGAGUUUACAAAUUCUCUCUAAAAUGAUUGGGAAAUAGAAUUGUCUAAUUUAAGUAUUAUAUGACUUACCCACAGCAUUUUGUUCAACUUUGGUGCAGGUCAAUUAAAAUUAAACCAUUUCAGGUUAUUGUUGCACCAGGUUCCAAUUCCAUAUCCCUGAAUUUAGUUGGAAGGGUAAUUUGGUAAUCUUUUUUCAUAGAACUAUCAGCUCCAUCACAUUAGUAUCACCCACCUUUAUUUCAGUGUUCCUCUUAAGCUAAUCCAUUUAACACUAAAUAUUGUCUGAUUUAGGCCAGUUGUUUAUUUUUAGAAUUGGACUACAUUUUGAAAUAAGGAACCACUAUUUCUUACUCAUUUUAGAUAUAUAAUGUGCUGUUAGUGUCCUUGAGCAGGUACUUAUAGAGGCCAGUCAGCAAGAGGAGCUCAUUGUUGCAAAAUGUAGUCCAAAUCAAUCAUAUGCUCACCUUAAUUUACAGGCAAAAACUUCUGGGUGCCCACCACAAAAGCUAUUUUUAUCUCUUUAUUGACUUUUUCAUUGGUUUCCCAAACAUUUUUGUCAGGGGUUUUUUCUUUUGGGUGAUAGGUGGGAUUCAUGCAUCGUUUUCAAAACCGUUUCUCUUUAAACUGUUAUAAUUGCAACUGUGUUACCCAAAUUUGCAUGAUACCAGUCUUGAUCUCCUGUUUGUGAGUCGUACUAUAAAAGAAAACCACUGUAAGUUUUUUUUUUUUAUCUUACCCUAAGAUUGAAAAAAGGAAAAGAAUCUUUUGUCCGUACGUUGAUAUUUCCUUGUUUGUCUCAAAACUUGAGGAAUGUUACGAUGUAAAUAAUUCUAGUGAUCGUAGGGAGAAUUUAUCUUGUAUGAUCCAAAAUAUUCUUUUGUACUUUAUUUAGAAAGGAAUAAAGUUUUAUUUCUGUUGAAAAAUUUGGUUUAACCUUUCUCAAUUGAUUUCAACGAUUGUUCCAAUUUUUGUUAUUAAAGUGCGUUAUUCUGAUA